UUCAUUGAAAUUCAUUGCUGAGAUGAGCUUACCUGAAAAUUUUCGCUCAGUCGUGGGCAUAGUUCUCAACAACUGGACUGCAUUAAAGCUGUCAAUAUCACAUGGGUAUGGUGGCACUCCUAUGGAAACAAACGCCAAAGUUCAGGAUUUAAUAAACAUGAUUGAUGAAGGAUUUGCCACAAACAGUUUUGAAGACUGGGGUGACUUGUGUGACCUCUUGAGCGAUUAUAUGGACCAAGUCUUCCAUACUCUUAUUGAAGAUAAUUCAGAUGAAGAAUUGGGAACGAAGCUUCAAGAGUUGUAUUACCAGUGGUCAAACGCAAAACAUAAUGAUUUACUUGAUUAUUUAUCCUCAUUACCGAUUCAAGAAUCAAUUGAAAGAGCUCCACCUCAGAUCAAUGCUCAGCCAAAUUACAAUAAUGAUGAUGAUAGUGAUGAUGACGAUGAUGAUGGAGGAGGUGAUAGCAGCAGCAAAGGGGCCGGAAAUAGUCGUACUCUUUAUCAAGGAAACAAUAGUCACUCUUCAGGAAAUGGGGGAGGCUCCAGUGUGGAUGCAGAUGGUUGGCAAGUGUGCCACAACCGACGGCAUCGAUAAUAAUUGUGUUUCAGAACUGUUACUUGUAUUCAUAAAUCUAAUUUUUUAUUUAUUUAUUAAAAAGAACGUUUUUCAGUUAAAGUUGACCAUUCAAUAAA